AUGUCUUUCGGCGGGACCCUAAUGCUGUCCUUUGAGGCUCUAAUUGUAAUGUUGGGAGUUAUUGGCAACAUUUCAGUGGUCAUUGUCAUAAGUCGUCUGGGAAAGAAAAAACAGCCUGUGGAUUACUACGUGCAAAAUUUAGCCAUAGCAGACCUUGGUAUCCUGCUAAUAGCUUUUCCCCUCGUCAUCAUCAGAAUUGAAAUGCCUUCGAACUGGCCCUUUGGCGAGUUUGCUUGCCUCUACUUUUACCCUAUGGUGGAAAUUUUCUAUGGAGCGUCAGUGUGGUACAUUGUGGUCAUCGCAUUUGAGCGCUAUCAAAGAAUGAUUUCGAUGAAAAUACUUGGCCAAAACAGCAGGAACAAAACAACUUUUCAAAGAGCUAAAACUAUCGCCACUCGUGUUUGGGCGAUAUCAUUUUUGAUAUUCUGCCUUCCACUUUACUUUGUUGUUAAACACGUUCACCUUCCAGGUGGAGGUACAUUUUGUGGCCCGGCCAAGUGGACUAGGUACUCAGCGAUAGGAUAUAUGGUCUGCUUAAUUCUGCUUACAUAUCUCUUGCCUCUGGUUGUAAUAUCAUUUACUUACGUAUCUAUAUCGCGUGUGUUAAAGCGGAGCGAUGACUUCAUCAAAACUAUGAAACAGGUACAACCGGUGCCAGUGUCAGAGAACAACAAACUUUUCCUAGCCCGCCAUGCAAAAAGCAUUCGCCUUAGACAAAACAACAGAGCGAAGAAAAUUCUUACUCCUCUCGUUGUGACAUUUGCUGUUACAAUGCUUCCUGUAAACAUGUUUCGUGUGACCUCAGUGGUUUGGCCAGCGUUCGAAGAGCAAGAAUACUACGCAUAUCUAGUUCAUACAAUGAUACUUCUGACUUUCAUUAACUCGGCGGCAAACCCUAUAAUUUAUUCGUUAAUAAGCAAAGAAUUUCGCAGGGGGAUAUAUAGUUUAUUCCACCAAAAUCUAUGUAAGUGGCCUUGUAAACUGGCUGGAAUACUUAAUUCGAACUCUCAAUAGUGUUAUUAGCAUAACUAUUACAUCGAGCCCGUUUUGACGAGCUUUUAAACCAACGAAUGUUUAAGCUGUGUAACCCACUUACACGAAACCGUACUGUUACAGUUACUGUACUGUUUAGACGACUCCGUACAAAAAUUUGCCAGUGCCAACGUUGGAAUAGCUAUUUUGUCUUCUUUAAUCAAAGGCGCGUAACUAACCUCUAGGAUUUAACCGCACAAACUCUGCUCUGUUUAGAAGCGACGAGUAACGAGUAACGAGUAACGCGUAAAAGUGGAGCUGUACCCGUCAAAAGUUCUGACGUACAUCUGAUCUGGUCAAAAACUUGCACUUCCGUUCAAAAAUUUGUCCGAACUUGUGUUAACGGGCUAGGUACAUGUAGUUAUGCUUAGAAGACAACUUAUAGGUACGUAAGUACGUUCUUCAGUAGUUUGAUUAACAUGUUUUUUUAUUAUUUAGUUUUUGAGCUCCCGCCGCUUUUGUUAAUGUUUACUGGCAGGUUAUCAUUUAUCAUUAUCGUCAUAAUUAGCUCCAUUUUGGAGCACUUUUUCCCGCGAAAGUGGAUGCACUGUACCGUUCCGUAUGCGUGCGAAUCCAUAGUACGACAAUUACUAAAAGAAGAAGUAAAUGCUAUCAAAACAUCAGAAAUACUAUUUUCUAGUCCUCUGUAAGACUUAUUUGAUAGUUAAAAUUCGCGGGAAUUCUGACUGGUCUAUGAAAACGCUGCCACCUGGACACAAAGGAAUUGCUCUCUCCCGAACAUGGGCUCCCGCUUUAACUUAGUUUUAAGAAAAAAAAAAAAGGAAAAUUGUAAAACUCUACUAGUAACAGUAAGGCCUUGAGGGUCGAUAUAUAAUAAAGCUAUUACAAAAAUAUGUUCGUCUUGAAUACGGGUCUCACAUUUGUGUAUUUCCUAAGUUCAAGGUUCAUAUAGCUAAGAAGAAAAGGGAGGCUGUGAAACGUAUUCUGUUCGUUCCGUAUAAUGACACUUCCUUGAGUAGUUUUUCUUCCAUUUCCUGGAGGUGAUCUGGACUGACUUCAAUGCAGUGUAAUUGAUUGCCUCAUAAUUUGGUUGGAAAAGAAAAAAUGAUGAGCAGAGACUAAGCAUCCUAGGGACUGAAACUACUUGCAGGGAAGGCUGCGAGAAGACUAAAGGGGAACGACCAAGAUGUAACCGACAUGCAGGCGAAUGUUGAAAUUUGGCAAAAUUGAAAUUCUACAGCCUUACAAAAAGGAAAGAAGUAAAACACUUUGAGCUCAAUUUGUUGUAUGCCAGGCGAUUAUCGAUAACAAUCGUUAGUAGUCAAUAGCAAUCGAAGAUUAAUAUCGACUUCCGAUAUCAAUCGAUAGAAAUCGAUCAAGAAAAAACUUGUGACUUGGAUAAAAAUCGAUUUCCGAUAAAAAUCGACAAUUAUUGAUUUAUGUAUUGUCAUCGAUUACUAUUUAUUAUUAUCGAUAAAGACUUAAGUCAUUCGUUAGAAGUUCAACAAAAGAUGGCAGCGAUCUGGAGGACUUCAAUGCCCGUGUACUUACAUGUACCGCAUUAAAUUGGAUGUACAAUCUGAGAGUGAUUGCAAGGAAAGAAAUACAAAAUGCAACUGAUGGAGCUGGAUUGAGUGGAAAUGUAAUGCAUUUUGAAGGAAGGAGUCUAAAUACGCGAUUAAUAUUCAUCAAAAUUUUCUGAGAUGGAUAUUUUAAUAUAUAAGCUCAAAUAGCUCUCAUUUUAAUGAACUAAAAGUAAAAUAUUGUGUAUAUAUUUGCGGUUCUUAAGUGCAACUAGAAUUUUUGCAAUUGUUGUUAGAGAAUCUCGACGUUUUCAAUUAUGCCAUAAGUUAUUUUCAUCAGUGGAAAGCAAAGUGGAUACAUGGUUAAAACAACAUAUCAAUGGGUUUCUAAAUAUUAUUACAUAAACAGUUUUCUUGGCGAUUUGGCUUCUCUUUCAAUAAUCAAAUGACAUUUUUCCGUAAUAAACUAUGGCACUGCAGUUGUAUAAGAAUGCUCAGCCAUAUUGAUUCCGACAUCGAGGCACCGAAGUCUCAUAUAAGAACAGUACACAACAAAAACUAACAUCAUUGAAUAAAUCAUGUAUGCAAUAGGGAUAUCAUUUUUAAAAGGAGUCAAAUACGAAAGGGGCAAAUCAAAGGGUAAAAAUUUAGACCUCGCUGCCGAGCUCCCCAGUGUAGAUCUUCGUUCAGUUUCCCUGCAAAUUAUGCACGGUUUCUCGGCGAAGAUGACCCUCCACUUAUAUCUAGAGUCUCUUUAUGAUUGGUUUUAUAGUCUAAGGUUAUUUAGAUAACCCACAUUCUUUUUGACCGGUUUUUUGAGUGGUGAUCGUCUUUUUAAUGGAGUUGUUAACGGAAGCUUCCUGUUUUGCACACGUCACAAAGUUAAAGAGGCAGGCACGCAAGCCAAAAUAAAGAAGAAAAAAAGCAUUAAAAACGCUUACGCUUAAGUAAGCAAGCCAAAAGAAAACCGUGCAUAUCCAUGGCUUACCAGAGGCUAUGUACGUAAGUUUUCUAUUUUGCUGAUAAAUCCGCAGGAAAAAAUGUUUAAUUGCAUAGACUUAAACAAAAAUACCAUUUCAUUCCUUGAAUGCACAUUAUUCACCACUACAGAAACAGUCAGUCUGACCAAACGGCACCACGAAACUGAGAGAACUACUGAAUGAAAAAAUAUACAUGGGUUGCAAUAUACAUGGCUUGCAAUGAAUACACAAUGCCCAAAAGGUCGCUAUGAUCGGCUACCGUAAAUCUCGUCUUAUAAGCCCUCCACCUAUAAACGCCCCCCCCCCUCCUUCCGUUAUUGGCCCAUCUCCCUUACAAAAAGAAUAUAUUUACAGUUAUAAGCCCUUUGGAUGUAAGCCCCCUUCUGGCUAUUGAUAUUAAUUUUGAAUUUCUAAGACGUUUUUUUUUUUAAAAAAGUGGGUAAUUAAAAUUCAAGUUUAAAAUAUUUUCAUCAGCACCCGCUGGUUUUGAAACGCUUUUUUAGUCCAGUUAUUAGACCACCCGGGUAGCCCCGCCCCCCACCCCAUCUCCCCCCGUUUUAUAAACUCAGGGCUUACUAUUAGUAGUUUACGCUAUUAUAUAAAUGAAGCCACCUUGAAUGCAGAUGUUCUGUGCAGUGGUAUGCACUGGUACUACUCCACCAGCAAGACUCAUGCCCCCCUGGCAUUAUUUAAAACACUCUGGAAUCCGCGCCUCGAAGACUACGUGACAAAGGUGAAUUUGAAAGAGAAUUGUUACUAAGCGGAGGUUGCUAUAUUGGGUUUUGAAGUGUUAUUGCUAGCGUAGAGCCCAUAUGCUAGGUUAAAAUCCUUUAGGUACUUCAGUUAACUAAUACUGGACCUUCUAGUCCCACAUGGUGCAGCCUAUGAAGGCCAAUGCUACUGUCUCAUCAUCUUAAUAUUACCCCCAGAUUCUUUAUCCGGAUAGUGGAAUUGUAAAAUACGGUCUGGGAACUGCCCUGCAGGACCGUACAAUGGAAGAGUCUGUGGUACGGAACACUCCGGCCCACGCCAAAGAAUGAUGAUGAAGAUUAUACGGUCAAAGUUUUUGAAUUUGCAUCAGUAUUUGUCUCACUUGCGCACCUGCACCUUCCUGAGGUUUAAAUGGCAUUGAUCAUGACCCGUAUCGAACUUGAAUCAUAUCAUUGAAUUCUGAAAUUUAUAGCACAAUAUCCUUACCUAGUCACUAAUGGAUAUCUUUCUGUAGAACGUUGUGGAUGGGAUCGUUAGGUUUGAGGUGUCUAAGUGGAAACCGUCAACACAAUAUAACUGCUAACGCGUGCUGUACCCAUGCAAGAAGAUCAGAGAAAGAUUGCUAAACCAACAGCUCUGUGUUAAUAUCUUCUUACUUCUUGGAAGCGCCUUAGCUCGACCUCAGUGAGUCAUUUGUAAAGUAGUGACGGGAAGUCAAUUUUUGUCAAGAGCUUCCUGUGGAUUUUACAACACAUACGCUCCCACAUGAUGGCACAAUGCGCAAAUGAAAGCUUUUGCCUAGGGAAUAAUUCACUCGAGGACGCCUCAGUGGCAAAGACGGAGAUGUCUUUCGGCGAGACCCUAAUGCUGUCCUUUGAGGCUCUAAUUGUAAUGUUGGGAGUUAUUGGCAACAUUUCAGUGGUCAUUGUCAUAUUUCGUCUGGGAAAGAAAAAACAGCCUGUGGAUUACUACGUGCAAAAUUUAGCCAUAGCAGACCUUGGUAUCCUGCUAAUAGCUUUUCCCCUCGUCAUCAUCAGAAUUGAAAUGCCUUCGAACUGGCCCUUUGGCGAGUUUGCUUGCCUCUAAUUUUACCCUAUGGUGGAAAUUUUCUAUGGAGCGUCAGUGUGGUACAUUGUGGUCAUCGCAUUUGAGCGCUAUCAAAGAAUGAUUUCGAUGAAAAUACUUGGCCAAAACAGCAGGAACAAAACAGCUUUCCAAAGAGCUAAAACUAUCGCCACUGGUGUUUGGGCGAUAUCAUUUUUGAUAUUCUGCCUUCCACUUUACUUUGUUGUUAAAUACGUUCACCUUCCAGGUGGAGGUACAUUUUGUGGCCCGGCCAAGUGGACUAGGUACUCAGCGAUAGGAUAUAUGGUCUGCUUAAUUCUGCUUACAUAUCUCUUGCCUCUGGUUGUAAUAUCAUUUACUUACGUAUCUAUAUCGCGUGUGUUAAAGCGGAGCGAUGACUUCAUCAAAACUAUGAAACAGGUACAACCGGUGCCAGUGUCAGAGAACAACAAACUUUUCCUAGCCCGCUAUGCAAAAAGCAUUCGCCUUAGACAAAACAACAGAGCGAAGAAAAUUCUUACUCCUCUCGUUGUGACAUUUGCUGUUACAAUGCUUCCUGUAAACAUGUUUCGUGUGACCUCAGUGGUUUGGCCAGCGUUCGAAGAGCAAGAAUACUACGCAUAUCUAGUUUAUACAAUGAUGCUUCUGACUUUCAUUAACUCGGCGGCAAACCCUAUAAUUUAUUCGUUAGUAAGCAAAGAAUUUCGCAGGGGGAUAUAUAGUUUA